AUGCUGCAGUUUAUCAAAUCUCAGUUUGGUUUGGACUUUUCGUUGGCUACCGCUGAAGCUGAGCACAAAACCAGACCCCAGGACGAUCAACAAAAUGAGAAAUUUGCCCAGCCUGCUGAUCUGGACAGCUCACUGCAGCUAGCUGGUACUCCUCUGCCCCUGCAGGAGAUCUGCAACCUCACCAUGGCAGAUGCAGAUAUUACCUCGGUGACGGAGCCUGAGGCAUCAGCACUCAUUGACUAUACUGACCUUAAAAUCAUACCUACUGAAGAUUUCUCGUCCCAACUUUACAAGUACGACAUGAAUAUGCUGUUUGGCCUAGAUGUUGGUGGCACUGUGACUGCUUUUGGAAUGACCCAGGGUCCUUCACCAAUAGAACGUCGAAUUCUUCGUGUAAGGACCGAACAGAAUCCGGACGUUGAAUCAAAGUAUGCCGACUUACUUAGCAUGCACAUGCCAUUCUCCGAGGCAAGUACUCUUCCCUAA